UGUUAGAUUGCAUGAAUCACUUCAUUUAGUCAUUGAUGCAGUAAAGCGAAUCCGAAGCAACGCGUUGAAUACGCGGUUAUUUGCGCAGUUGUGUGAAGAAAAUGACGAACACUCAUCAAUUACUCCUUCACACUGAAGUACGCUGGCUGUCGAAAGGCUUAUGUUUGACAAGAUUUUUUGCACUUUUUGAGCCUAUUGUAGAAUUUCUGGAUACUAAAGAUAAAAUUUUAAAAGAAAAUUUAAUGAAGAGGAAAACAGACAUCGCCUAUUUAACAGAUUUGUUAACAAAAUUUAAUAUGGUUAAUUUGCAAUUACAAGGCGACAGUUUAAAUUUGAUUAAAACAAAGUCCAUCUUAUCAGCGUUUCUUGCCAGAGUUAAACUAAUGAAGCAAAAUAUUGGACGGGGCGAAUUUUCUCAGUUCCCCAAUUUGUCACAGACAAGCUGCCAGGAAGACGACGUUUCAACUUACGUUCAACAUUUAAAUGCCCUCUAUUCAGAUUUUGAAUCUUGGUUUGAGGAUAUUUUGACUAUGGUAAUACCACCGAGGAUAAUUAAUCCAUAUGGUGACAUAGAAGAAACGAAUGUCAUAAUACAAGAGGAACUGACUGAACUAAGUACAAACGAAGAACUUAAGGAUCAGUUUAAAAACGGAUAUCAGCAAUUCUGGCUGCAAAACAACAUACCUGUUACUUAUCCCGCGAUCCAACAUGAUGCUUUAGAACAGCCAGCCUACUUCUGUAUGGAACAGAAGAACUUUGUGAUCAGAUUCGAGAUCCUCGCAAAAUAA